UGCUCCAGCAGUGGGGAGCUGGCAGAACCUUGCCCCGCUGCCUUCCCUUCCCCCCCACUGCUGGAGUCUUUUCCUGUGGAGGGGAGAAGCUCCAGAGGCAAGGAGGCAAUGGGACACUAAACUGCUAAAAAUAGAGGUGCGGCUUGGUGAUGAAAGGAGCUGUGGUAUUACAGUCCACUUCGGAAACACGUUGAAGUCUGUCCAUUGUGAAAUUAGAUCCAUAAAGAACAAGAUCUUUGAUUGUGAUACCUGCAUAUAGGAUCUGAACCAAAAAUGUCUUGUAUAGAUCCAUUUCAACACAUUACAGUGGAACACCAGUAUUCGCACAAAUUAACUGUGACGGUAUUGAAAGCCACAAAUGUUACAAAAGGGGCUUUUGGUGAUAUGCUUGACACUCCAGAUCCAUAUGUGGAGCUGUUCAUCCCCUCAGCCCCUGACUGCAGAAAGAGAACAAAACACUUCAACAAUAAUGUGAACCCUGUGUGGAAUGAGACCUUUGAGUUUAUUUUGGACCCGAACCAGGAAAAUGUUCUGGAGAUCACAUUAAUGGAUGCCAACUACGUCAUGGAUGAGACUCUUGGCACAUCAACGUUUAUUAUAUCCUCCCUGAAACUGGGGGAGAAGAAAGAAGUUCCAUUUACUUUUAAUAAAGUCACAGAAAUUAUUUUGGAAUUGUUUCUUGAAGUCUGCUCUUCAACUGACCUCCGGUUCAGCAUGGCUCUGUGUGAUCAGGAGAAGACGUUUCGACAGCAGCGGAGGGAGAAUAUCAUGCAGAAAAUGAAAACUCUUCUAGGAGCAGAAAACAGCAAGAACUUGGCCACUUCCCGUGAUGUACCAGUGAUAGCGGUUUUGGGUUCAGGUGGUGGAUUUCGUGCCAUGGUAGGGUUUUCUGGAGUUAUGAAAGCGCUCUACGAAUCAGGAAUUUUAGACUGUGCAACAUAUAUUGCUGGUCUGUCUGGAUCUACGUGGUACAUGUCAACUUUGUAUUCUCACCCAGAUUUCCCAAGGAAAGGACCAAAGGAGAUUAAUGAAGAAUUGAUGAACUGUGUCAGUCACAACCCACUUCUGCUGCUCACUCCACAGAAAGUCAAACGCUACAUUGAAGCAUUAUGGAAUAAGAAACGUUCUGGGCAGCCUGUAACAUUCACUGAUAUCUUCGGAAUGUUGAUAGGGGAAACACUUAUCCAAAAUAGGAUGAAUACCACUUUGAGCAAGAUGAAGGAGAAAGUCAAUGAAGCACAGUGUGCUCUGCCACUCUUUACUUGUCUCCAUGUCAAACCUGAUGUGUCAGAACUUAUGUUUGCAGAUUGGGUGGAAUUCAGUCCAUAUGAGAUUGGUAUGGCGAAGUAUGGCACAUUUAUGCCUCCUGAUUUGUUUGGAAGUAAAUUUUUUAUGGGAACAGUGGUUAAAAAACAUGAAGAAAACCCCUUGCACUUCUUCAUGGGUGUCUGGGGCAGUGCAUUUUCUAUAUUAUUUAACAGAGUACUUGGAGUUUCCAAUUCUCAUAAUAAAGGUCCCACCAUGGAGGAAGAAUUAGAAAAUAUUAGGCUGAAGCAUCUUGUGAGCAAUGAUAGUUCAGACAGUGAAGAUGAAUCACAGGGACCUAAAGGUUCUGAAAACCUUGAGGCUGAAAAAGAACUUCAAAGUAGCAGUCAAGAAAGCUGGGUCCAGCGCAUGCUGAUGGCUUUGGUGGGAGAUAGUUCCCUUUUCAACACCAGAGAAGGGCGUGCUGGGAAAGUACACAACUUUAUGCUGGGCUUGAACCUCAACACAUGGUACCCACUCUCCCCUCUAGCAGGCCUGUGUGCUCAGGAAUCUGUGGAGGAGGAUGAAAUGGACACGGCAGUCGCAGAUCCUGAUGAGUUUGAGAGGAUAUAUGAGCCACUAGAUGUGAAGAGUAAAAAGAUUCAUGUAGUGGAUAGUGGGCUCACCUUUAACCUGCCAUACCCCCUUAUCUUAAGACCUCAGCGAGGUGUUGAUCUCAUAAUCUCCUUUGAUUUUUCUGCAAGGCCAAGUGACUCCAGUCCUCCUUUCAAAGAAAUUUUGCUUGCUGAAAAAUGGGCCAAAAUGAACAACCUUCCUUUUCCAAAAAUAGAUCCACAUGUGUUUGAUCGAGAAGGCCUGAAGGAGUGCUAUGUUUUCAAACCCAAGAAUACCGAUACAGAGAAAGACUGUCCAACCAUCAUCCAUUUUGUUCUGGCAAACAUCAACUUCCGGAAAUACAAAGCUCCAGGUGUUCCAAGAGAAACUCAGAAAGAGAAGGACUUUGCUGACUUCGAUAUUUUUGAUGAUCCUAAUACGCCGUUCUCUACCUUCAACUUCCAAUAUUCCAAUGAAGCUUUCAAAAGGCUUCAUGAUCUAAUGGAAUUUAACACUCUGAAUAACUUAGAUGUGAUCAAGCAAGCAAUGGUGGAAAGCAUUGAAUACAGAAGACAGAAUCCAUCCCGCUGCUCUGUGUCCCUCAGCAAUGUUGAGGCAAGAAAAUACUUCAACAAGAACUCUCCAAGCACUAAGCAUACAUAGGAUAUGUACUGCAGGUGCCACUCCUUCAAGAAAUUUGCUAAGUCUAUGUAACUGGAUCUGGACAUGAGUUACAACAUACCAUUGCUCAGGUGAAGGGGCCAUGCGAAACUGAGAGAAGCAUUUUUUGUGAAAUUGCAUGUUUCACUGUGAUUUUGUACUUUUUUACAUUUUUGUUUUGCAUCUGCAAACAUUUACAAAAUUCCAGCAUAAAUGGCCAUUUCUUUAUUUUAAAAAAUACAGACUUGUGCAUGCUUUGGAUGCAAAGUAAUUUGGUUCAAAAUGCUAUUUUUGUAAAACAUCUGCCAAUUUCAUGAAUAUUUUCUCUCAAUAUUUUUGAUUUUAAAUGUUUGUUAAAGUGGCAACUGUGUCCAGGCUCCUGUAAGGGCCACACUGAAAAUGCCACACGCAGGGCAAACUGCAAGGAACAGGAGCAGACAAUCCCCCAAACUAGUGGUUUAUCCUAUAAUUAGAUUCAUCAAACCAGUAACAAAACAGCUUUUGUAAUACCACACUGGUUAACCAGAAGCCAAACACAAUCCCCUGUAAACAUUCCAGCCCUUGGCUCCCAUCUAGACAACCAAGUCUAAUACAGUGAGGAGUUAAUGAAAACCCAUUUCAUUAUAUGUGAGCUUCUUUCUAAUGCCAAGGGUUCAGACACAUACUUCCAGGUCAAUAUGAAUCUCACCCAAAUACUACGCUGUCAGCCAAUCUUUAGUAAACAAACUAAAGAUGUAAUAAUAAAAGAAGAGAGUUAUAAAUGGUUAAUAGAUCACAUACGUACAAAUAAUUCCAAGUCCUUAUAUCAAGUUUGUAGCAAUGAUGAAAUAGAUCGGAGUGGCCAACUUGUGGCUUCGGAGCCACAUGCAGCUAUUCAGACAUUAAUGUGCAGCUCCUUGUAUAGGCACUGACUUGGGGGCUGGAGCUACAGGUGCCAAAUUUCCAAUGUGCCAGGGGCUGAUCACUGCUCAACCCCUGACUGUGCCACAGGCCCUGCCCUCACUCCAGUCCUUCCCGCCCCCUCCCCUGAGCUUGCCGUGCCCUCUGUCCUCCCCCUCCAACCCCCGAGCCUCCUGCAUGCCAUGAAACAGCUGAUUGGGAGGUGAUAGGGAGGAGAAGGUGCUGGGAGCCGGGGGGGGAGGGAAGGGGGCGGGACAUAUUACGGUGGCUCUGUGGCAAUGUACAUUGGUAAAUUCUGGCUCCUUCUCAGGCUCAGAUUGGCCACCCCUGGAAUAAAUUGAUGGCUUGUAGAGUCUCUCUGGUAACUUCCGAAAAAUUGGAAGGUCCUCAGUUCAAAGAUCAUGAUGCUCCUUUUAGUUGUAAACCCACAAUCCAGAGAAUUAGGACAGAAAAUAGGCAAAAUGGAGAUAUCUCAGGGUCCUUUAUAUCCUCUGCCAUGUGCUCGGAAUUGUACUGCCCCGAACAAAGCCCACAGUCCCUGUUUGUGGAAAGUUAGUGGCCCAAGAUGGAGUCCAGGGUCACAUGCAUAUAUCAUGUGCCUCUACAUGUUUUGCUGAAUCACGUGGAGUGGCCAUUGGCUCCUUGCUGGCUGAGACAUCCUCAGGAAGAGCUAUCGGGAUGGGAUGAGUUUCUUAAAUGGCCCUUUGUGAUAGCUGAGUUACCUCGAUGGGCCAUCAAUACAUAGCUGUCUGGCCCUAAUGUAAGUCCUAUCUGGAGGAUGUCACAUAACAUAGGUUUUAGAUAACAGCACAUAGCCAAUAUUCAUAACUUCAGAUACAAAGAUGAUACCUGCAUACAAACAGGAUAAUCAUACUUAGCAAAUCAUAACUUUUCUAUUGGCACCUUACAUGAUUCACUGUGUAUAAGAUUUAAGGGAAUUGUGUUAAUGUGGUAAGAAGAAUGAUAUGAAUGGUCACCUUUCUUAUAAACAGCAUCACAGUGCCAUUUUCUAAUAUGUGACAAAAUAUCAAAACCUUGGAAUGCAGACUCUUGUGAGAUAAAUUUUACACAUCUGUACAAUUCAGGAUGAAUUAUUUUACUACAUAAAGGCAGUGACUUUCUUCAACACAAUAAAACAUUAAGGGCAUAGAUUUCAUGAAGCUAAGGCCCAGAUCCCAUUCCACUUUAUAUCAAUGGUAAAAUUGUCAUUGACUUCAGAGUAAACAAGGUUGGCUCCUUACUCAGUAUCAACUUUCUAAUGUAUAAAAUUUCUCAGCAGUUGCCAAUUAUUAGGGAUAGUAAUGUUGAUUCUUCCUAUAGAUUUAUUUUAUAGAUAACCCUUCCCUGAUCACUGCUCUCCUUUGACCAGACUGACCAUGCCAAAAAUCCAGUAUACAAAAUCCCUAAGGGAGUUGCAUUUCGAACUUUGUUUUUCUUACACAAAGAACAUAGUGAUAUCUCUUUUAUUUUUAAAAAGAGAUUCUUAUAACUAGUGGGAGAAAGAUAUUGUUAAUUACCUUUACUAAAGAUUAUUGGUCCCAUUUUCAGUUAGUGUAACUUACCACUGACUUCAAUGGAGCAAUGACAAUUCACUCUAGCUGAAGAUCUGUCCCCAAAACAUUUUGAAUUUUAAUCUUGAGUAUUUUCACAAAAAUUAAUAGCCGUUUUCCAGAACUAUUCAUUAAGGCAGCCUUCCAUGUCCUCAGUGAUUCAUGUCAGUAAGUGUUAGCACCUGAUGAUAAUUUUUCAAUGAUUCACAUACUUAUUCAGCAGCAGAAAACAACUUUAGCACUUCAGAGAACAUGGAUUUCACAGCAAAGAUGAUUUAAGGAAAAGGAUUAAAAUUUCUAGGUGACAAUGAAAAAUUCAUCACUCCUUAACUAAUGUAAAGUUUGAAAUGUAACUUUAUGUUUGUCAAUGAUGUGUGUGUCUGUGUAUGCACCCGUGCACACAUUUCUAAAUUUCUCCUUGGGAGCUGUUAUUUUCUGACAUAUAUCACUUAACCUGCAGCAAUGGGGGACUACGUUAGUGGUUAAUUUGGAAAAGCACCAAACCCCGUUGUUAGGGGAAUAAGAAAUGCUUAUACUCUAAGGUCAAUUUCUGCUAGUACUUCUUUUUUUCAAAAACUGGCUGCAUUUGGUGUGCAGAUUUUAUGUGCUUUCUAAAAGAAAUAGGGCAAUGAGAUGUUUUCACAGAAAAUCUCCAUGUGGUUAGCACUUGAGAACUGACAUUUCAACACCAGGUGCAGCAACAAAAUUCCAAGAUAAAGUGACUUGAGUUCACAUCCAUAGACAAAUUCUGAUCAGAUUUUCUUUCCCUGUGAUAGAACCCAAGCCAUGGGCAUGGGCUAUGAGGCAGCACAGAAUCUGUCUCACAUUUUCGACCCAUCCUUUGCACUUAAUUAACUUGUCUGUUACCCUCAACAGCUCUUGGCAAUCUCUAAAAAGUACUAGGACAAAAUUAUACCCUCAGGUGUGCAUAGGCACAGUUCCAAUUGAAUCUUAGCUACUGAAGUAGGGCUGUCAGAAGGAUAGACAUGUUACCAGUAGGUUUAAAAGCUUUUAUGAGGAUGAUGGUAUCUCAAGGCUCCUGCUGUGAGGAGAACUGUGUAAACAAGGCCCUUGUUGUUAGUGAGGGGGGAAGGUUUUCUGUGUGAAUGUAUUAUUUACUAAUUUUAUUUGGAUAGCACUCAAAGAGCCCCAUUGGGAUCAGGGUCUCAUUGUGCUGGGCACUGUGCAAGUGCACAUAAAGAUGUGAUCACUGCCCUAAAAAGCUUACAGUCUGAUUUAAAACAAUGCAAUGAGGGGGUGUAACGAUCACUACGGGGAGGAGGGAAGGAGCAUGAUGAGGAUGGUGAGAUCUCAUGUGACAUAGGUUACUUGUGUGCACAGCUUGAUGGUUGUGAAUUAGAUGAAAAAGUGUCUGGUUUACUUCUAAAAGAAGAAUUAUCAUAGAAUCACAGAAUAUCAGAGUUGGAAGGGACCUCAGGAGAUCAUCUAGUCCAACCCCCUGUUCAAAGCAGGACCAAUCGCCUCUCUCUUGAGCUCUCACUUGAUUGCCGCUCAGCCCAGCAGUCAUUAGCUGGCUGGUUUCACAUAGGUGUCACAGCAGAAGUGGCAUUUGAAGUGGAAGAAGCUUUGUUCAAGGAGGAUUUGCUAUGUAUGGUGGGCAUUGCAGUAGGGAACU